AUGGUAUCUCGCGGCAGCGGCCACACUUGGGCCUGCGGCUACACCUACACUGGACACGGCCGCGCCGGGAUCUACUCCACAACCUACGCAACCACCGGCCUCGAGCUCAGAAGCGGCCACACUUGGGCCUGCGGCUACACCUACACUGGACACGGCCGCGCCGGGAUCUACUCCACAACCUACGCAACCACCGGCCUCGAGCUCAGAAGCGGCCACACUUGGGCCUGCGGCUACACCUACACUGGACACGGCCGCGCCGGGAUCUACUCCACAACCUACGCAACCACCGGCCUCGAGCUCAGAAGCGGCCACACUUGGGCCUGCGGCUACACCUACACUGGACACGGCCGCGCCGGGAUCUACUCCACAACCUACGCAACCACCGGCCUCGAGCUCAGAAGGGGGGUGGUAUACAUCAGUGCCGUUGCCUGUCGGAGUCCCGCCUACGUCAACACUCAUCGCUGCUAUUCCGCUGCUCGUCUGGACAAAGAAGGCGCAUCGAUGGUGGGCGUUGUAGUCGGCGUUGCAGCCGGCGCGCUGGCGUUAGGGGCACUGGGGUUCUUCCUAUAUCGCCGACGGACCGCGAAGAGCAUGGACCCCGAGCCGCCGGCCCCUCCUUCCAACGGUGGGGACAGGCUGGAGCACGGCGGUGGUGAACAGCACCAGCAACGGCAGCAGGACCUCCACGCCUGUUCGCCGAUGAUCGCCGGCUCUGCCGGGGGCAACGUUGCUCGCGGCCCGCCACCUGCUGAUCAGAAAGUCUCCCCGCUGCCACCCCCACCAUAUGAGCAUGAUGAUGCACACCGACGCGAUGCUUUGCCACCCGCCGCCAGUCAGCAGCACGCGGCAGUCGCUGCUGGGACGAAAUUCGGCGAAGAUGGCACGCCUAUCCCAUCGUUACUCCCAGCGCCGCCCGUUGGCGCCCUGGCGAGGCCCAGCUCCGAGGGAACUUCCAAGUGCAGACGCGACAACAACGAACGGAGGACGGCGAGUGCGGGCCGGGGCGGGGGCGAUGCGGUGGAAGACGGCAACGGCUGCGGGGCGGCAGCCGAGCAGUCCUUGCUGCCGUCGACGACUACGAAUCCCACAAACGACGUGUCGACAGAAGCAUGGACGGCCGAGGUUGCCGGCUUUGGAGUUUCGGCGGAGGAAAGGGCCGACGGCGCUCCUUCGGCGACUGCUCCUGCUCCUGCGGCUGCCCCUGCUGGCCGCCGACGGACGUCAAGCGGCGUCGGGUACGGUGAGGCAGCACUGGCGGCGGCCGAGGAGCUGGCCUAUCAUUGCCAGAUCCCCGGCGUCAGCGAGGCGGCGACGGCGGUGUCGAUUCUGAUACACUUGGUCUUGGACAAUCGGGACUUGACGAGCAGCGCCGGGGUUAAGCGGUGCCUGUUGAUCGUGAAUAUGCUUGGGCGGGCGGCGAAGGUGCUUGGCAAUGUGAGCGACAUGACUCGUGCAUGCUGGAGUGUGCACCAUGCUUUGUUUUGUCGCAGCAUCCUGCCUGACGUAGAGGCGUCAAGGAUGUGGGCACCAUGCAUUGUUCUGUCGUAUGUAUCCUGCCUGAUUGGAGGCGUCAAGGAUGUGGGCACCAUGCAUUGUUCUGUCGGUGGCGACACGAGUACGGAGGAGGAGCGCGUUUUGAUCAAAGAAGUGCGCGACGCUGUCUCCGAUCUCGUGGAGCUGAUCAAAACUUUCCAGAACAAGAGCAAGCUCGGCAAGGUGUUGACAUCGACCCUGUUCAAACGGCGCCAGGACGAGCUGAACACGGUUAUCGACAGGGCCAUCGGGGGCCUAAAUGUGAGUGUCGUGUACCGCAACAAGUAUGCCAUCAUGUUCAGUAUGGAUUGCGUCUCGACUGCGCAGCCAGCUGCGCUAAAACUGCUCAGUUGUCUCUGUCACGUCUAG